GUAGUGAAAAACAAACCGCUAACAAGUUGAAAUGAAAUUAGGUUGUUACAAGGCCAUGUUCCGGCCGGCACUCCAAGGACCAGUUCUUGCUACAUUGCAAAGAACCAGACAAUUGGAGGAACGAUCAAGGAUAUUUCGAUCCUUUUAUUCGAAUCUCAUAACCACCCAUCUUAGAUCGUUUGGCACCACGCAGGCUGCCAGUAGAAAAAUGAUUCCACUACUAAAUGAGGAAGAGCGAAAACAACUGCUGCAGCCACUAUUCGCCAACGGGUGGACCAUGGUCGAGGGUCGUGAUGCACUCCAGAAAAAGUUCGUUUUCAAAAACUUCAACCAAGCUUUUGCUUUUAUGACCGGGGUGGCGUUAAAGGCAGAAAAAAUGGAUCACCAUCCAGAGUGGUUUAAUGUUUACAACAAGGUAGAUGUGACUCUCGCGACCCACGAUUGUAAUGGCUUAAGCAAACGGGAUGUCCUUUUGGCCACCUUCAUGGACGAAAAAGCUUAAUUACGGAAAAUCUAGAUCGUAUUCGAUCUAUUUAAGUUAUAA